GCAGGCGUACAUUAGCUGGAAGCAGAGGUCGACGUAUUGGAAGAGAGGGGCGUAUACACCGAAAGAAAGCCGUGUAUGCGAAUAGUUACUCUGAAUAACCAAUCAGUCAUUUCCUCUAUCUCUCUCUCUGUCUCCGUGUAUACACUGUAGCUUCCGGAAUAUCGAUGGGGAGUAGCGCGGACAACGAGCCGGCGAAGCUCCUCCUUCCAUACCUGCAGAGAGCAGACGAGCUUCAAAAGCACGAGCACCUCGUCGCCUACUACUGCCGAUUGUAUGCGAUGGAGAGAGGGCUGAGGAUUCCUCCAAAGGAGCGGACGAAGACUACGAACGCUAUCCUCGUCUCCCUCAUGAAUCAGCUCGAGAAGGAUAAGAAGUCAUUGAAGUUAGGGCCUGAAGAUAACUUGUAUGUGGAAGGAUUUGCCUUGAAUGUCUUUGCAAAGGCUGAUAAGCAAGACCGGGCUGGGCGAGCUGACCUGAAUACUGCAAAAACCUUUUAUGCUGCUAGCAUCUUCUUUGAGAUACUGAAUCAGUUUGGUGAACUCCAGCCCGAUAUUGAGCAAAAACAGAAGUAUGCUGCUUGGAAAGCUGCAGAUAUAAGGAAAGCUUUGAAGGAAGGGAGGAGACCUGAGCCAGGCCCCCCUGGUGGAGAGAAAGAUCUGUCAAUCCCCUCCACCAAUACAUCCAGCACCACAUAUGACCUGGGACCAACAGAGAGCUAUCCAGCUAACCAGCCGGGAGUCGACACAUCAUCUCAAUUUGUAGACCCAGCUAACCAGCCGGGAGUUGACACAUCAUCUCAAUUUGUAGACCCAGCUAACCAGCCAAGAGUUGAUACAUCAUCUCGAUUCGUAGAAAAUGUCAAUCAGCAACCGUCCACAAACUCUCAUACCUCACCUUCGUCAUAUUCUUCUGCCGAUUUUCCUUCCAAUGACUUCAAGCAAACACCACCGCCGCCGCCACCUCCAACCGGCAGAUCCGAAGAUUCCUAUCCUCAGCCGUACCAUCAUCCAUCCUAUUCACACGAGCAGCCCUUCCCACAAACCUAUCCUUCACAUGAAAGUUCCGACCCUUCUCACUCUUAUGCCAAUUACCAGUCUUAUCCUAGCUUUAAUGAAAGCAACCUGCCAUUGGCUCCUGACCACUAUCCUUCCUACUAUCAAGGCUCUGAUGCUGCUUACUCACACCAGCCUGGCCCACCAGCCUCAAACUUCCCACCAACUGUUCAAUCUCACCAGUUGGGUUCAGCACCCUCUAACUACCCAUCAGCUGUGCCAUCGCACCAGUCAGGUUCAGCACCCUCAAACUACCUGUCAACUGUGCAACCACACCAGUCGAGUUCACUGCCCUCAAACUACACAUCAGCUUUGCAAUACGAUUCCAGCAGCAGGAAUGGGAGCCAGCCUGAACCUGCACCCCCAUCCACCAACAGUUUCGUUUAUGACAGCAACUAUCUGCCACCUCCGGAUAAGAUUGCUGAGGCGCAUAAGGCGGCAAGGUUUGCAGUUGGAGCCUUGGCGUUCGACGAUGUGCCGGUCGCUGUGGAUUUCCUCAGGCGUUCACUAGAGUUGUUGACGAAUCCAUCAGCAAAUCCAUCAGCGAGUCAGUAAGUCUAUACCUGAUAUAUACUGCUUUAAAGUUGGGGUUUUCUUUCUGGCUGUGUUGCAUGAAUGUGAAUGGUGUUUUGUACAAGUUUGAUUGGUUGUACAGGUUGAUGGAUGAAUGCAUAUAUUUGCAGUACUUUUUUUUAUUGAAUCAUCACACCAUAAACACCACCCA